CUAUUCAUAUUCUGUUCUGUGGUGUUGCAUCUUGCCAAGUUGCCAUUUUUAUCAAAUGUAGCUAAUUGGUAUUUUAGUAUUUUUUUGUCUCUGGUAGUUUAUUUUAUUUUAAUCAAAUAUCAAUUUAAAUAUAAAAUACUAAAUGGAGUCGGAAAUUUUCAAUGGAUUGCAGAUCAAGGAAGAAAUUGAGGCGUUCCUGGAUGGUCCAAUGGAUAUUGACAGAAGUGACGUUGAAUUAUCCUUUAAGGCUGAAUUAGACUAUGAGGAUCAGUCAAAUAUGUCCACAUGUGACCAGGGGACUGAUAGCCAAUCACCAGUCUCAGAGCACAAUUCAUUGAGUGGAAAAUCAGAUUCAAGGUUGACUAGAGCCAUUGAAAGAGAACUGUGUGGUGGUAGAAUUGCCAAAGUAGUAUUAGUAAGGUUGGAGGAUUCGUUUGAAGGCUGCAAUCAACAGAAUCUAUGUCCAUACCAGAUGGCGACAGUUACUGUUAAAAAGGAGGAGGAGGAGGAGGAUGAUAGCAGCCAGCAACCAGCUGCAGUGGAAGAUGAUUGCAGCCAACAACAUUAUCUAAUCCCUGGCUACAACAUGAUCUUCAUCAAAGAGGAGGCAUAUGACGAUCAAGAGGCUGAAGGAAGUGCAGUGAAGAGUGAACCAGAGAUGUGGCCUACAAACUGCAGCACAUCUGGCCGAGACUAUGCAACAGGAGUGGGUGGACUGAAUGAGCAUUCAAUCUCUCCAGUGGAAAAGUGCACUGAGUCAUCUGUGGCUGGUAAACAGACCAAGCUCUACAGCUGUGCUCAUUGUAGUUAUAAAACACCAAAGUUUAGUAAUUUGAAGAUACACAUUAGAAAACACACUGGAGAAAAGCCUUUCAGCUGCGAAUUUUGUGUUUUUAAAAGUGCUCUGUUAGGUAAUUUGAAAAAACAUAUCAGAACACAUACUGGAGAAAAACCUUUCAGCUGUAAGUUUUGUGACUACAAAAGUUCUGAGUUAGGUAGUUUGAAAAAACAUAUCAGAUCACAUACUGGAGAAAAACCUUUCAGCUGCGAAUUUUGUGAUUUUAAAAGUGCUAGUUUAGGUGAUUUGAAAGCACAUACAAGAACUCAUACUGGAGAAAAACCUUUCAGCUGCGAGUUUUGUGACUUCAAAUGUGCUAGAUUAGUUAAUUUGAAAGCACAUAUCAAAAUACAUACUGGAGAAAAACCUUUCAGCUGCCAGUUUUGUGACUACAAAAGUGCUCAGUUAGGUCAUUUGAAAGCACAUAUCAGAACACAUACUGGAGAAAAACCAUUCAGCUGCGAGUUUUGUGACUUCAAAUGUGCUAUAUUAGGUAAUUUGAAAGCACAUAUCAGAAUACAUACUGGAGAAAAACCUUUCAGCUGCCAGUUUUGUGACUACAAAAGUGCUCAGUUAGGUCAUUUGAAAGCACAUAUCAGAACACAUACUGGAGAAAAACCUUUCAGCUGUAAGUUUUGUGACUACAAAAGUUCUGAGUUAGGUAGUUUGAAAACACAUAUCAGAAUACAUACUGGAGAAAAACCUUUCAGCUGCAAGUUUUGUGACUUCAAAAGUGCUAGGUUAGGUGAUUUGAAAAAACAUAUCAGAACGCACACUGGGGAAAAACCUUUUAGCUGUAAGUUUUGUGACUACAAAAGUUCUGAUUUAGGUAAUUUGAAAAAACAUAUAAGAACACAUACUGGAGAAAAACCUUUCAGCUGCAAAUUUUGUGAUUUUAAAAGUGGUAGGUUAGGUGAUUUGAAAGCACAUAUCAAAACACAUACUGGAAAAAAAACCUUUCAGCUGCAAGUUUUGUGACUUCAAAAGUGCUAGAUUAGGUAAUUUGAAAGCACAUACCAGAACACAUACUGGAAAAUCAACUCUUAGCCAAGCAUAAUUUUGUCAACCCUCACUUUCUUAUCAAACUUCAUUAAAACAGUUAUCUACUCUACCUUGAAUCUUCCAAUAAAACUUCAUCUUCAAUUGAUUCAAUUUAUUUUAUCAAUAAGUAAUAACUUGGUAGGUAAAUCCUGCAGUAGAGUCUGCCAUGAAUGAGGUUAGUGCUCCUCUCUUUGUGGCUUCAAAAA